AUGAAAAAGCCUCGCUUACCACUUGAAAGCUAUACCGUAGGAUGGGUCUGUGCCCUACCGCUCGAGCUCGAGGCGGCCCGGAUAAUGCUGGAUGAGCAUCACCAGGAUCCACCACGUGAGCCGCAUGAGGCGAACAUCUAUUGCCUUGGGAGGAUUUGCGAGCACAAUGUUGUUAUUGUAUCCUUGCCUGCUGGUCGCUAUGGGACAAACGCCGCCGCUGUGUGCACCGCCCAGAUGAUGGAAAAAUUCCGGUCGAUCAGGUUUGGCUUUCUAGUCGGCAUCGCCGGUGGUGCUCCUAACGACGAAGUGGAUGUACGGCUUGGUGAUGUUGUAAUCGGUCAGCCUAAGGGCCACUACGGCGGCGUUGUCCAAUACGACCUUGGGAAGAUCGAAAUUAGGGGAGAAAGCCGCCGAACGGGCUACCUCCAUCCACCGCCAACGAUGCUUCUCAAUGCUCUUGCCAAAUUCCAAGCAAUGGGAAAAGAUCGAAGCGACUACAUUACGUCCCGUCUUUCGCUAGUCAAAGGCGUCCAAAAGCCGAAGUUGGAUAGGUUGUAUGAAUCAACAUACGACCAUGUCGGAGACUCCUGUUCUGACUGCGACUCUGUGAGACUGAAAGAAAGGCCUGAUCGUGUCGAACAAAUUCGAGUACAUUAUGGAACUGUUGCUUCAGGUAACCAGGUCAUUAAGGACGGUGUCACGCGAGACAGGCUAAGCCGGGAACUCGGGGGUGUUCUCUGCUUCGAGAUGGAAGCAGCAGGUGUGGUUAAUACCCUUCCUUGUCUCGUUGUACGCGGUAUCUGCGAUUACUGUGACUCGCACAAGAACAAAGAUUGGCAGAGAUACGCAGCUACAGUAGCCGCGGUGUGCACAAGGGAGAUUUUCGAUAUCAUUCCAGCUCCGCAAGUUACCGGGGUUGCCGCUGACGUGGAUACCAGGCGCCGCUUUGAAAAGAUGUUUAUGACCGAUCCUCGCGUUGAACGAGCCAAUUUGGUCACUGGCAAAGGAGCUAGAGUAGACGGCACCUGCGAGUGGAUUUGUGAGAAUGAGCUUUACAAAUCCUGGCUGAACACUGAUGGGCCGCCACUACUUUGGAUAUGUGGAGGUCCUGGCAAAGGAAAGACGAUGCUGUCAAUCUAUCUUACCGAGGACCUUGAAAGACGCAUGCAGAUCAAAGGAAGCGGCAGUGACCUACUGUUCUAUUUCUGCAAACACGAGUCUGACAAGUGCAAUUCCGCAAAGGCUGUCCUUAGUGGAUUGAUACACCAAAUCAUCACCAAAAACCCAACCCUUUUUCGCCAUGCAAAUUCCUCCUUUGACACCGAUGAGAAAGCGGACUAUACUUUGUCAUCGCCAGAAGGACUCUGGGCCAUCUUCCGAGACAUCGUGCAUGAUCCCGAAAUUGGUCAAGUUUUCUGCGUCAUUGAUGGACUCGAUGAGUGCGACGAGGAGUCCAUAAGUUUCUUGGGGCCCAAAUUUCAGCAGCUCUAUUCAGGCAAACAAGGUGACCAUCCCUCGUUGGGGUUUCGGGUGGCGGUGGUCAGUCGGGAGCUUCAUGCCAUGAAGGGCUCGCCGACAAUUCAACUGGAUCCUGACUUUGAUGAAGAAAUUAACAGCGACAUCACACUAUUUGUUCGCAGCCGAGUGAAUGAGCUGUACAGAAUUGAUGGCUUUAACUCGACUCUGGCCGAGCAUGUUGAGAAACUUCUCCUUCAAAGGUCGGAAGGGACUUUUCUGUGGGUUGGUUUUGUUAUAAACGAGUUGCUACAGAAAACCACCUGCAGUGAGCUGCUAGCCUCCUUGGAUACUCUUCCCAAAGGUCUGCCGGGAAUUUACAACCGGGUCUUGCUAAAAAUCAACGAAAAGCACCGGCAAGUUUGUGGUCUCAUCUUAUGCUGGGUAGCCCUUGCGCUCCGUCCUUUGACCAUUGAUGAAUUGGCAGGUGUUAUCCACACAGAAGAUUCAACGCUAUUGGACCAUGAUCAAUCGGUGCUGGAUCAGCUUGCGCUCUGUCGACCGCUUCUCCGGGUGCAGGAUAGAACUAUCAGCUUCAUUCACGAGUCCGUCCGCGAGUACUUGGUUAUGGAUAAUGAUGGUAACUCGGCCGUGGCCACUCUUAACAUCGAUUGGGAAGAGGGGCACCUCGAAAUUGUCCAAACUUGCCUGGAUCUCAUCGAAAAUGCUUUCGGUAAGACCGACAAUCCUGGACCUCAGCGACCGCCUAUCUUGAACUAUGCUAUACACUAUUGGACGGACCAUGCUCGCUUCGCCAGGGCAUACGGCGAUUCAAUCUUCAACAUGUCCCGUCCUAUGUUCGGGGGAAAGGAGCCGGUUGCUUACAAGUGGUUCGCUACUUAUAUGGAGGAUGAUUUGUGGACACUUGGAGAUUCGACUCUUCAUAUAGCCGCGCGCUUUGGCCUUACUCCAUGGGUACGAAAGUUACUGAUGCUGAUGCUGAAGCGAAAGAUAUGGAAGUUCCGUAUACGAUCUUAUGUCAACUACAAAGGCCUGGAUGGAUGUACUGCCCUCCACCGAUGUGUUCGACGAGGACACGAUGCAACCGCCCAGUUAUUGUUGGAGCAUGGGGCCGAUAUAAACGCGAAAGAUAAUCAAGGAGACUUUCCCAUGGCUUAUGCGAUUUCAAGCGGAUCGGUCUCGAUGGCUCAAUUCUUAAUUACUCAUGGGGCCAAGGUCGAUAUACAUAAUAAUAACGGCUACACGCCGUUGGCGAUGGCGUGCCUAAUCGGACGCCUAGACAUGGUUCAGCUUCUUAUAGCACAUGGCGCCGCUGUCAAUCGCAUUGGCAAGCAUAAAGCCCCCCUCUCUGCUGCCGCCAUAAGAAGAGCCGACGACAUCGUUGACCUUCUAAUCAAGCGUGGUGCUGACGUCAACGCCGUGGACGAGAACGGCCUACCAUUGGACAUUGCAGUUGCUCAAGUGAACACGAGGAUGGUGCAGAAGCUGCUCUCCUGCGGAGCUGACCCGAACUACAUAGAUCGGCACGGCAUCCACAUCUUGUUCAUGCCAGUGGUGCAUGAAGAUCAUGAAGAGUUGGUGCCGUUGUUUGCCGAGUACGGUGCUGAUCUUAAUUGGUCAGAUAGUAAAUAUGGGUGGACACUGCUACACUGGGCAGCUUACAGCAAUAGAGAUGCGGCGGCAAAGGCACUGCUGGAUCAUGGAGCAGACGUCUUUGCUAAAACAAGCAUUGGGGAGGUUCCGAGGGCAAUCGCUAUGCGAAGAGGGCAUCAUACAAUUGUGCAGAUGCUUGAUCAGCACAUAGAGCGACUGCAGGGUGGGACUGCUAUCAUACCUUCCUAA